GCGGCCCUUAAGAGCCUGCCUGCGGCCAGGGUACGUGCUCCAAGCAGCCCUCCGCCAUGAAAUUGGGGCGGGGGAAGGAGGAGCCCCGCUCCCUCCACCUGGCGCCCCCAUGCAUGCCACUCUCUAGUGAGAGAGCUCUGGGGCGCCCCAAUGCGCUCAGCGUAGCCCCCUCCAGCGAGCCCCGGGAGCUCGAAUGCACCCAGCACGUCCCCGUCCCGCUGGGACGCCAAGCAGCCAACGGCCCCGCAGCAGAGCUGAGCUGUCAGCGCCAGAGGGGAGGGGCUUCUGGCAGCUUCUCCUCCCUCCCCAGCAGGGACGUUCGAGCUCAGGCCUGCUCGUCCCAGUCCCCCCGGCGGGAAUGGUUCGGUCCGGGUGCAAUAAUUCCUUCUCCUCUCUUCACCUCGGCGACAGUGACGGCGCUCGGCCCCGCCGCCGUGGGGCGAUGCUGUGAGCGGCGCUCGAGCCCAGCGCCAACAUGGAGGCGCCCCCCCGGCAUCCUGGCGGCUAUUUCCGGCGUGCCAGCCCCUUCUGGAUGGGCGUCAUCGCCGUCUCCAUCGGCUACUUCGCUUGGGCAGUCUUUUUACCUUCAACAAUACCCUACGAGAAUCUGGGACAACUUGGCCAUUUUACUAAAUAUUUAGUGGACAAGCACCCCAAACUGCUAUAUAACGGGUUUUGGCUUGCCUGGGGAAUUCAUAUAGCUGAAGCAUUGUACAGUAUCAAGUUAUGCAAGACCAAAGGCAUCACUGACAGCUCUGUUCAACGUCGAUGGUUCAUCCAAACCUUCCUCUUUGAAUCAUGCAACACAGAAACGGGUUUUGGGGACGAGGAAGAUGACGAAGAGAUUGAAGAUAGCUCACAGCAAGGAAGUGGAGAAACCGGUUUCCCCAACAGCCAAGAUAUGUUUCUCACCCUGGACCUGCAGCCAGUAACCCCUGAACCCACCCAAGGCAUGCGCCCAGACCCUGAAGGCACAGAAGGGACUUCUGCUGCAAAUGUUUCUCCUUCACAGAGGCUAGCGAAGAUUAGAAGGUGA